AACAACUCCGCAAAAAAAAAAAGAUUUUUGAGAUUUUAGUUAGGUUUCUUUGUCACACAUAACUGUCUUACGAAAUUAGAUUCUUGUGCUGAAAGAAACCUUAGAUCUGUUCAUCUUUUCUCGUUCCGGAGAAGUUUUAUAUUUUUCAUAAAGUUUAAGAUCAUAUACAAAUGGAGAUCAGAGCUGAAACGAUGCAAAAGUCAAAGUUCAAAAGAAUAUGUGUCUUCUGUGGAAGCAGCCAAGGCAAGAAGAGUAGUUACCAAGAUGCUGCUGUAGAUCUCGGCAACGAACUGGUUUCAAGGGAUAUUGAUCUAGUCUAUGGAGGAGGGAGCAUAGGAUUGAUGGGUUUGGUUUCACAAGCUGUCCAUGAUGGUGGUCGUCAUGUUAUUGGAAUAAUUCCAAAGACCCUCAUGCCUAGAGAGUUGACUGGUGAAACAGUAGGAGAAGUUAGAGCAGUUGCAGAUAUGCACCAAAGGAAAGCUGAGAUGGCUAAGCACUCUGAUGCUUUUAUUGCCUUACCAGGUGUUGUUUAAAACCCAUCCAUCAUCCAAAUUAUCAAACGUACCUUUUCUUUCAUUACAAAGAUAUAUGAACCUCAAAUUUUUCCUUUUGUUUGAAACAAAAGUAAUGAUGAUACAUGAGAAAUGGUCAAACUCUAGUGACACAAGGAACUUCAAGAAAACCACUUUAUCCUCUUUAAAACAAUUGAAUGGGAAAUCAAAGUUUGGAAAAAAGAAAUGUUUGUUCAUGAAAAGAAAAUUAUUUUCUGGACUAGUUUUGUAAAAGAGAGAAGAAAAGAGUUUGGUAAAAACAUGAUUUCUUUUAGUUACAGAAACAAAACAUGAUUUCUUAGUUACAAAAAAAACAUGAUUUCUUGGUCAAUCUGCAGUGUGAAAGCUGCUGUGGAAAGUUCUUUAUUUUUAAAUGUUUUUGAAUGAAAAAAAUGUAACUAUUUAAAGUCACCAGUCUAAGAAAAAGGCUUUGACCAUCAACAUACGGCACUUACCAGAAAAAAAAACAUCUGCACUUUAUCUCCUUUUCCUUCUCUUUGCUCUGUUUAUUGCUCUGUUUUUUUUUUCCAACUUAGGGGGUACUCUAAUCUAUAGCUUG